GAUAUGGAGCAAUGAAACAAGAAAUUGCACUAUAAGCAAACGCGUCAUUGAAGAUAAAUGGAGAUGAAUGACUGACUACUCAAUGAAAGCCUCUAUACCAGUGGGAUGGAAAGCAAAAGAGAAAGAACAGCAGUGCCAUUGAAGGAAAAGAUGUUAAACAUCUGAAGUGGAGAGCUCCCUGAAGGUAAUUUUUCUUUUAAUGUACUCAGACUGGAAUACAGACUGUUUGAAGGAUGUGCAGUGCUGAUCUUGGGCGCUGAGGGUUGUCUGGCUGCCUUUCUCCUUCUCCAGCCCAGCUCAAAAGCAGUAGGCUGGGAUUCUUAUUUUUAAGUCUUCUCAGUCAAAUCAGAAACUAAACAAGAAACAGCUUGGGCAACUUUUGCCUUUACCUGUGGGACUUUUUGUUAACCAAACUACCUCAGCAUGCCAUGGCUGAUUAAUUAGAACAGGGACCUUCAGCCUGCUUGUAGACUACAUCUCGUGGAGGUGUUGUAAAGAAGGAAUACCUAUUUUGGGGGCCUUGUGGGAAAGCCUUUGUUAAUACCUUAAAUGAUACCAGCAAAUACUUUUAUCUUGGGUGAGCAUAUGAAGAUGGAACUGAAGAGGAAUCCUGGCAGAGCUUCUCGUCCGGCUUCAGCUGCAAUCCGGGUGACUGAGUGGAGUUGGCGAGGUAACCUAAAUCCCCGUCCGCUGAUUAAGGAUGGUGGAGAGCUACUUAUGGAUGAAUACCUUUCCCCCAGGAAACUGAAAGCUUUGACGGGGGUAGAUGAUCUGCAGCAAGUGAAGGCCCUAGAGAUACGAGUAGAUACAAGAGAGAACAGCUUGGGGAACUUUGGUGCCUAUCUACCUAAUCUGAGAGAACUGAAGUUGAACAAUAGCUUGCUUGUAACUGUGAGGGAUCUUGGAACCACAUUGUCCCAUCUCCAUGUGCUGUGGAUGGCUCGUUGUGGGCUCUCAGAUUUAGACGGGAUCUCUUCCUGCAGCUCUCUGAAAGAGCUCUACAUAGCCUAUAACAACAUCUCAGACCUGAGCCAGCUGAGCUUGUUGGAUCACCUUGAGGUUUUGGACCUGGAAGGGAACAAUAUUGAGGACAUCAGCCAGAUGCAGUAUUUGGGACUUUGUUGCAAACUGAGGAGCCUGACGGUGGAGGGCAACCUUAUUUGUCUGAAGCCAAACCUGGAAUCUGCAGAGGAACCAGGUUAUAAUUACAGAGCUGAAGUGAAAAAGCUCAUUCCCCACCUGGAGUAUUUGGAUGAAAUACCAGCAAGCCAGACUGCUAUCCCUCCUUCCAAGAAGAUGAAUGAGGACUGGCUAAUCAUCAAGGAAUCCAUCAAGGAAGCUGGGUUAGCCAGAGACAUUUCAUGGUUAGGUCCAUGUCUUGGAGCUGUGGCAAAGCAGUCUGCAUCCAGCCCAAGACCUCCCCCAGCUUCCAGCCCUGGAACUGCCCGGUGGUCUGCAAGUGCAGGAAGACGUAGCAAUGCCCCCCUGUUGUACGGUGGCUCUCUUCUUCCAGAUCCAAUGGUUGCUGAUGAUCUGUUUCCAGAAGAUGACUCCAGUGAUUUGACAUAUGGACUCAGCCAAGUUAUAUGUGGGAACCCCAUCAAGGCCCUUCGUGCAAGGAGGCAAAAGCUAGGUCCACCUGCAGUGAGCCCCUUGAAACUGUGCAGCCCGAAGAUGGAAAACCCUUACGUCUCUGUAGGAGGAGAAGAUCUGAGCCAGGAAGAUGUCUUUUCUGAACUGAGAGUAUGGAGAGAACAGCGUAAGCGGUGCCCACAAACAGGUCGGCAAGACAAGGCUGACCAAGCGGUGAAGACAACUGUUAGCGAUGAGGAAGAGGAUGAAGCCUGCAGCCUGGCUGACAGCAGUGAGGAAGAGCUGAGGGAGACUUCUGAUGAGGACCUCAUUGAUUCUUCCUGCCACUCCUGUGUCUCACAGUCAUCUUCAGAUUCAUCACGUGCUCAGGAAGGCACAGCGUCCUCCAGCCUGAGCCAUUGUCUAAUUCCAUCUCCGCCGAAAAGCCCUUCGCCUGCCUCCCUAAGGGGUGUUGCAGCAAGGCGCUGGGAAACGAGGAACCACGGGGUAAGGUGCCUAAAACUGCCCAGCCAAGAGGAGGACAGGCAGUGGACACAGCAGUGCCAGUCAAGGGAUAGGAAAGAAACUUCAGCCCAGCCUCUGAGCAAGGAACUUGCUCUCCUGAGCCUGCACAGCGCACCAGCGGCACGUGAGCCUUCACCCUUUGGAUCUCGAGGAGAGCACCAGCCUGACGGGAGCACUGGCAGGCAGAGACCUAUUUCAGGACCAGCAGCUGUUGGAUCAACAAGCAUCAGGCCUGUCAUGGACAAGAGUCCCCCCGGAGUGAUCAACCAUCACCUGCCAGUUCUUCACUCAGCUACAAAAGCCUCAGAGAGGUUUGGACCAGCAAGUGCAGUUUGGCCCCCAACUGCUAGGGCCACGCUGUUGCCAGACAGACCUGCUGUCUCAACAACGUCUCGGAGCAAGAGUCCCCAGUCCUAGAAGAUAGCCUGGGUGUGUUGGAGCCAUUUACAGAGCACGAUCUUCAAUCACUGCGUGCAGUCCUCACAUUUGAAGGAUCGAUGCUGUCUUUCAGCUGUUUCUGCAAGCUAAAAGCAGAGCUGUGCAAGUAGAGCAGUUUAAACAAAUGCUAUGAUUUGCCUCAAUUAAGGCUACAGCUGGUCCAGAAGUGCUUUCUUUAAAGAGCACCUGCUGAUCAACAUAAGAGCUAAUCAACCCCUUAUUACAGAAAACAUGGUUAUUUUUGCAGAGUUCAUGCACUAAAACAGAACAAGGCUUAACGUAUUUCCUCCCCUCUGCAUCAUGCCCUGCUCGGUGGAUGAGGCAGGGACACUAAACCAGACAGGGCUUGGAGCCUGCAAUUUCCGGAGUGGGCUGGAGGAGGUGAGGGACAUGGGGCAUUUCCUAUCACACACGCCAGCCUGGCUUAGAAGCAGCCCUGUUGUCCUCAGUAUUUAGGGACAAAGCCAAGGGUUCAAGAGGAAUUAUUGAGCUGAGUGUGCCUCAGGGGAGAGAUGUGAUGCCCACAGGACAGGAAGAGCCCAAGAAGGCCAGGUGGCUUCAGAGCUUAGUCCAUUUGGUCUCCGUGCAUUGCGGCGGAACCAAAUGCUGAAGGAGUGACUCGUUACUCUGCUAAUAUGUUUAUUUGCUCCACAGCUGCCUGGAAGGACUUCUCUCAUUUGCUGUGGGUAGACAUUGCAUACCUGAAUCUCAUAAGCGGUGCUGACCUCUGCGAGCAGGCUGUGCCGUGUCAGAGCCGCCUGUGUGCACUCAGGUGUCUCACUUCCAGUUCUUUAGGUUAAAUGGCCUUUCCAAUUUCAUAUGAGCAAGUAAUCUUAAAUAAUGCAGCAGCAAAGAUCAGGCAGGCGAGUAAGGAAGUGAUCUCUUGUUUUUCAAUAGGGCAUUUACUUUAUAUUUGGGUGAGAUUCAAAACAGCUGUUCUGGUGGCUGCAGACUGAAAUGCUGAUCCAAAUGUCUGUGGCAUGCAACUCUAUUGCUGUUGCAGUCUGAAACCAAACAUCAUCAUGUUUUUUAUAGUCUAAAUUACCAUGUUAGAUAUAUAUUUUUAAUCACUUGAUAAAACAGUAAUUACAUGAUGAGUUAA